UUCAAAACAGAAGGCUGGAACCAGCUAUCAUUCCAACUAAGAUCUUCACCGUUGAGGCCGAAGGGCUGUUGCUAUGGCAACGACAAUAGCGUCAACAUGUCUGGAGGAGCUACACGUCGUGAAAAUAAAGAGCAACCAAAAGUAAAGGACAGUAAACUACAGAAAGAGGACGCUUUGUUUCUGCAGUGGGAAGCGCUGUUUCUCCAACAAACCGCAGAGCUGCAGCAGCGCGGCGCAGACGACCUUCUGUUGGAACUGAAGGAGAUCCUGGGCUUUAGAAACCAUCAGACCUGUAUGAAGGAAGCUGCCCUCCUUGAUUACUACGUCUUUGGUUUCUGGUGGACUAAAGAGGCCAAGUUCACCCCCAAACAGACCGCCUUCACCAUAGCUGUACUACACAUGCUGCUGGAGAACAUAAGAGAGAAACAGAUGGGUUUAGUGGAGAAUUUGAUGGAGUUUGCUAAGGCCUUAGCUACUGCCUGCCAAACGUCAGAGGAAGACACCACUUCACUUCUGGACAGAGAUGAAGCCACAGAGCUCAUAUGUUACAUCAGAAACAGUUUGUUUCAGAAGUACAGACUCUACCAGCUUCUCCUCACCACACCGAGAGAGGAGUUACUGACAGGCAUGAAGAGAACCAUUGAGGUGUUCAGUUGUCAGGAUGCUCUCAUGCCGUUGGAGGAAGACAUUUCCAAUCAUAUCUACUUCCAGUAAUCAGACUUCCUGAUAUCCAGAAAAAUGAACAGGUGAUGAUGGCUACAUGGAUGGAUGGACCCAAUGAGUGUGAGCUGUGACAUGUGAUUCCCUUGUUGUCCACAGUGGGUAUUGUCUGGAAUCAUACUAUAGCAACAGUACUAUAUUUGUUUCCAUUUUGCUUUGUUUUUAGUACCCAUCAUUGCCACCCUUAUUCUGUCUCAUCUUGU